AUGUUCAAACUGAAUGACCCCCGUAUCAGGCAGAAGCCAUCUGUGGAAAUAGCCGCGCUUAAAUCAACUCAGCCACAAUACCUUGCUCGCCAAUCUUGGCAUACGUAUCGUGAUAAUGCUUCCGAGUUCCACCCGCCAUCACACCACAUAAUAAGUCAAAUGGACGAGCUUGAAGAUUGCGAGAAAACAAAACUUGCGCCUUUCAGCUUUACCCCAGACUUCUUCCACUCUGCAUAG